AUGAUGGACCCCUACAACCUGGCCAUCUGUUUUGGACCUACCCUAAUGCCAGUACCUGCUGAACUGGACCAAGUGCAAUAUCAAUCUAGUGUCAAUGAGGUUGUAAAGACUUUUAUUGUUUACCACGCCGAUAUCUUCAACGCCCAGCUAUCAGGCCCCAAAUAUGACAAGUAUGCACACCAAUCCUUAAUUCCACCUCGAUCCACCGUUAUCAGGACUACUGGAAAAAUGAUAGCUGGUUAG